AUGUCUGCCAAAGUGUUGGAAGCUCGGGAACACUGCAAGGCUGCGGAAAAAUACCUGAAGACGUCGCUGCUGAGAUGGAAGCCUGACUUUGAUUCAGCUGCUGAUGAGUACAGCCAAGCAGCGCAAUGCUACAGGAUCGCCCGCGAACUGGAGAACUCGAAGAACUGCCACCUGAAAGCAUCUGAAUACUACAAGAAAAACAGAGCCUUCUUCCAUGCUGCUAAAUCUCUGGAGAAUGCGCUUAUAGUGUGCAAGGAAAAGGCCUCACCGGAAGAGUUAUACAACUUGGCGAUGGAAGCCUCGAGUCUUUACCAACAACACGGCUCCGGUGACAGCGGAGCCUCAAUCUUAGACAAAGCCGCCAAGAUCUUGGAGGAGAACUCCCCAGAACUGGCGGUGAAACUGUUCCAACAGGCGGCUGAUGUUUCCGCAACGGAAAGCAGUCAACAUCAAGGAUCUGAGUACAUCAGUAAGGCUUCUCGCCUUCUAGUCAAACUGCAACGUUACGAUCAAGCAGUAGAUAGUCUCCGACGCGAGAUCGGCUUCCACCAAGAAGCUGAUAACGUUGGUGCAGUGGGCAGACUGACCGUCGCUAUUGUCCUCGUCCAACUGGCCAGGGGCGACAACGUGGCUGCUGAGAAGGCUUACAAGGAGUGGGGCAGUAACUGUGAAAUGGCUGAAAUACAAACUUUGGAGCAGCUUCUCCAAGCUUACGACGAAGAAGACCGCGAAUCCGCUAAGAAAGCACUAGCAAGCCCCUUCAUACGCAACAUGGACGUAGAGUAUGCUCGUUUAGCGGCUUCUGUGCCGUUACCGGAAGGUAUGGAGCCGGCACCCAAGGCUACGGUCAGGGAAAAUGCGGCUCCUUCGUACGUCAGCGCUAACGCUCAAAGUACCACCGUUGCAGAAGUGAUGCACGAGGACGACGAAGAAGAAUCUCCGUACGAAGCGGUGAACAUUCCGAAGAAAUCUGACGACGAGGACGACUUGUGUUAA